AUGAAGUCAUUCGUUAAGCAGGCUGCCUUCGCAGCUUGCCUCCCAUGGUUGGUUGUCUCUGGUUACGAUGACGCCUUUGUUGUUGAGUUUGAUGCAUCCGUGCAAUUGAGCCCAGGAGAUCUCAUCAGCCGGACUCAGGCAUCUCUGGCAGCUUCUGGCUUGGACUGCACUGCAUCUUCGCGAUAUCAUUUCACUCACGCUGUGUUCCAAGGCGGAUCUUUCAACGUCGACUGCACCAACACUGGAGUUUCUCAGAAGGCGGUGCUGUCGACCAUACAGUCGAUUGAUGGCAUUCAGAAGGCCUGGCCUGUAACUUCAGCAGCACCAGCCGUCCACAUGCCGAGGAUUCCAGGCAUUUCUGACGGCGAUUGGGGAAGCCGCACGCAUGGAUCAUCCAAGCGCGACUUGUCCCAGAUCUUGACUCUACACGCAAGAGACGGUAUCGCAGCCGACACUUUGCCAACACACGUUGAUACGGGGGUGUCGAAGCUACACGCCAGCAAUAUCACGGGUAAAGGCAUCCGGGUGGCAGUCAUUGACACUGGCUUCGACGUUGAUACUCCGGGCCUCAGCAAGACCGACAUUGUUUAUGCCCACGACAUGACAGACGGCGACAAUGAUGUUCGUGACAACUGUUCCUUCCAUGGCACGCAUGUUCUAGGCAUUGUAGGAGCCAAGGGUGACGAGGGCAGAUUUGGCGUCGUUGGCGUGGCGCCUGAUGCUACCUACGAGCUUUACCGCAUCACAGGUUGCACUUCAGGAACCCAGGAUGACGCGAUCAUCAAUUCGUUCCUUGAAGCUGCGGAAAGAGGCGUCGACGUUAUUUCAUGUUCGUAUGGGGGUGACCUCACUUUUCCUGAAGACCCCUGGUCUAUCGUGGCUACUCGACUGUUCAACAACGGCACCUAUGUUUCUCUUGUAGCUGGAAACGGUGGCCCUGGCAUCUUCACAGGCGCCAGCCCUGGAGGUGCAGAUGCUGUCGCCGCCGUUGGGUCUACCGACAACUCGCAAACUCCUUAUUACAAUUGGGGAGGCAAUUGGACUGCAGGAGGUGAAAGCGGAGCGCUUCGUUUCGUCCCUGGCAUGCCGUUCGACUUCCCAUCAAACGAAGGGCUGACAGUCUGGACUUCAGACACACCCAACACCAAUGGUUGCCAGCUACUCCCUGAUAAGUCUACUUUGCCGGCCGACUUGUCCAAAGUCAUUUUUCUCUCUCAGUUUGACCAAUGCUGGAUGGCAGCCGAUAACUCUACAGUCUCUCUAACGAAAGAAUUUGGCAUCCCGUAUGUCAUGUACUACAGCUCGAGCAAUUACACGGUCUCUGAAGGCCCGCUAUUCCUGAAGGUCUCUGCAGCAAACCAGAAAGGGUCUGUCACGGUGGACUAUGAAACAGCAAAGCAACUACUGGAUGCGAAGGCAAAGUACGGCUCCGUGCAAGUGUUCCUUGCCAAUGAGGUCUCUGUUGCAGAUGUCAGUCUCACUUAUAAGGCCAAUAACCGCUCUGGUCUCAUGAGCUCCGUAUUCACCAGCUGGGGUCCAACUCUUCGAGCAGGAUCCAUGCCCGCAUUCCAUGCCCCCGGAGGAAACAUCUUGAGUACUUUCCCUGGAUGGCUUGGAGGCUACGGAGUAGUUAGCGGCACCAGCCAGGCCACUCCGUUUGUCGCCGGCAUCGCUGCGCUCGUCAAACAGCAGCAUCCAGAUUACAGCGCUGAAGACAUUAGGAAUGUCAUCGCAGCCACAUCCCGCCCCGUCAAAUGGUAUGAUGGAAGGGGUAACGCAGGAGACUUUCUAGCGCCCGUCUUCCAACAAGGCGCCUCUGCCCUUUCAUUCAAUGACACGGCCAACCGUCCCAAAGAGCUAACCUUCACAAUCAAGAACACUGGGUUGGAGACUACCACCUACGACCUGAGUCAUGUUGGAGCCAGCUCUGGCUAUGUUCUCGAGAAGGCGGAUAGCUACCAACUCACUGAAGCCGUGGUGUACCCAGUAUAUGCCGAAGUCAAUAUUAACCCCACAACUCUCUCAGUCGAGCCAGGAAAGACUGCCAUUGUCUCGGUUUCAGUCUCAAAGGAGCCCGCUUUGUUAGAAGCUUCAACUCGUGUCUCCUACUUUGGAGGAUACAUUAACGUUGAAGCCAAGGGUGUAACCGACGUCAACAAACUCUCGCUACCCUAUACCGGCUUCGGCGCGCCCCUGACUACAUUACACAGCAUCAACCGCGAUAAAUCUUACCUCUCGUCAUACAAUGUAACUGAAGGCAAGGCAUCGCAUGCCGAACCGGGCCGUAUUUAUACCUGCACGUUGAACAUCACCGCAGAUGUUCCAGCUUCGUUCCCAGGCCAUGAGUAUCCCGGCAUCGAGGUCUUCCUCUUCUUGCAGUCACGCAACAUGAGCAUUCACAUGGUGGACGCAAAGACUGGAAAGAUAGUAGCCAAUUCCUACCAGAGUACGUCAGAGGUCCCAUGGAACGGUUCAACUUGGUACUGGGAUGGUUCCGACGACAACAAGGCUCCCGUGCCGGCUGGUACUUACACCUGGCGUGUCAAGGCUCUCAAGUUGCUUGGAGACGCGGCGAAGGAAGAGGACUGGGAAACCUGGGAAGCCGGCACAUGGGUUCUGGAAUACACUGCUGACAGUAUUUUCUCUUCGAGUUUAACGGUUCCGAAGACGUGA